GUGUAAAAAGUUGUUAACAAUGAAAAGAAAAAUUACAGGUACGUUAUUUAAACAGUUGUAGAAACAUGUGGAAAUGUAUAACGCUAAAUUUUUCAGAACCCCGCUACUUACGCUUUAAACUUGAAAUGACAUAUUUGAAGGGAAAAUGUGAAACUUUUGGAAUGUGCAUGCAUUUUGCACAGUAGUACAGGGCAGGCAGUCUUCGCUACCAUGCUGCGGGGUGGGCAUUAACUAAGUUGCUAAGAGACGCAGUGACGCAGCACAGAGCAGGUUUUUUUCACUACACCGCAGGCGAAGUUACCUAAAAUUUUAUUUUAUUUUUUCUUGUUUUUAAUAGGGAUAUCCUGGGGAUGGACGGCUUGUGGAGGGUUGAAUAAAUCAAGGCUUUCGGAAUGGGCACAGCCUCCUCCCUGGUGAGCCCCGGGGAAGUCAUUGAGGAUGCGUAUGGUGGCGGGGGUGGGGAAGCCUGUGAGAUUCCUGUGGAGGUGAAGCCCAAAGCCCGGCUCCUUCGCAGCUCGUUCCGCCGUGGCCCACGGGUCAUUGGUGCCAGCUUCAAAUCUACAGCUUCUGUGGAUCUUGAAUAUGCUGCCGAGUAUGAUAGGCUGAAAAAAGAUUAUGAUAUCUUUCGGGUCAGCAAGAACAACGAAAUUGCCUCAAUGCAGAAAAAGGAAGCCAAGCUGGACAAGGAAAACAAAAGACUGAGAGCAGAACUUCAGGCUCUGCAGAAAACAUACCAGAAGAUACUACGAGAGAAAGAGAGUGCAUUAGAAGCUAAAUACCAGGCAAUGGAAAGGGCUGCUACCUUUGAGCAUGACAGAGACAGAGUAAAGCGUCAGUUUAAAAUCUUUAGAGAAACAAAGGAGAAGGAGAUCCAGGACUUGCUGAGAGCCAAACGGGAUCUAGAGACCAAGCUGCAAAGACUUCAGGCUCAGGGAAUCCAAGUGUACGACCCAGCUGACUCAGAUUCAGAAGACAACCGGACUGAUGUGACCACCACAGGCACACACUGUGAAUACUGGAGUGGUGGUGUUCUGGGGAGUGAGCCCUCUAUGGGCAGCAUGAUGCAACUUCAGCAGACCUUUAGAGGACCUGAGUUUGCACACAGCUUGAUUGAUGUGGAAGGUCCUUUUGCUAAUGUAAACAGAGAUGACUGGGAUGCAGCUGUCGCCAGUCUGCUGCAAGUCUCCCCGCUGGUUUCCCAGUCCCUUUGGAGUAAUACAGUGCGUUGUUACCUUAUGUACUCAUCUGAAACGCAAGCUGAGGUGGAUGUGUUUGUGAAGGAAACUCACAAACUGCAAAGGUUUUGUGAGGGACUGGGGCACUUUUAUCUAAAUGUCUGCUUUCCUGAAGAGAGUGCCAGCUGCUACUCUACAGAACGGAAGGAGGAAAUCGAGAGAAGCUCUGUCUGCAUUUUAUUUCUAAAGUCUUUUAUUUCUCGCUCGGUAUUGGAAGACUGUGAAGAAGCCUUCUUUAAAAAUCCAGAAGCAAGGCUGUUCCUGAUUUACCACAGGACUGUGGAUCGAGAGCCCCCUUCAGCGCUGGCAAGAGAAUUUAUUGAAAAGGUCACAAAGGCAGAUAAAGCAAACAAGGCAAAAGUAAUAGAUCACUGCGGGGAUCCAGAGGAGGGAGCAUAUAAAAUGUUUACACAGCUGGAGAAAAUCAUUAAACAGGAAUUGUUUGGAUAUGAGAAUUCAGACUUUGAGAACAAGGAUUCUGGGAUUGAGGAUGACCCCAGCAGUCAUGAGGAGGAGGACUUUGGAGAUGUCCUGUGGGAUAUGCACGAUGAGCAGGAGCAAAUAGAAGCUUUUCAGCAAGCAUCAAAGUCUACCUGUCAGCUAGGAUUCGAAAAGUACAUUGAACGACUGAAUGACAUGGUGGCUGCUCCACCACCCAUCCCUCCUCUGCUUGUGUCAGGGGGACCAGGCUCUGGCAAAUCUCUUCUUUUAUCAAAAUGGAUUGAACUUCAGCAGAAGCGCUCGCCAAACACGCUGAUCCUGUAUCAUUUUGUUGGAAGACCCUUGUCUACCAGUUCAGAGCCUGUAUUGAUUAUUAAACGGCUUACUGUAAAACUUCUUCAGCAUUCCUGGUCAAUAUCUGCCUUGUCAAUGGACCCCCUUAAGAUACUAGAGGAAUUUCCACGAUGGUUGGAGAAACUGUCAGCCCGUCACCAAGGCAACAUCAUUAUCAUUAUAGAUUCCAUUGACCAGAUACAGCAAGCUGAAAGACACAUGAAGUGGCUAAUUGAUCCACUGCCUGUCAAUGUCAGGGUGAUUGUUUCUGUAAAUGUGGAGACCUGCCCACAGGCUUGGAGGUUAUGGCCAACACUCCACCUUGAUCCACUUAGCCCAAAGGAUGUGAAGUCUGUUAUCAAUGCUGAAUGCCUAAGUGCCGAAAUCAAACUAACCAAAGAGCAGGAAAAGAAACUGGAAAGACAUUGUCGAUCUGCAACAACGUGCAAUGCCUUGUAUGUGACUCUGCUGGCCAAAAUGAUUACUGGCAUCAAAACAGGAUGGGAUAUUGAUAGAAUUAUCCAGCUGUGUUUCCAGUGCCAAGACACAGUCUCUCUCUACAGGCUGGUACUGAGAGCUGUGCAGGAGACCUUGACUGCAGAGAGGGACAAGGAACUGAUGAAAGAGAUUGUUUGUCUGGUCUGUGCAAGCCACAAUGGUGUGAGUGAAUCCGAGCUUUUGGAGAUGCAUCCUGACCUGACCUCGCCAGUGCUGGCUUCCCUUCUGCACAAACUGCAAAGUAUGUGCAUGAUAACAUAUGGCUGUGGAAUUAUCAAGUUUCAGCAUCUACAGGCUUGGGAAGCUGUGAGACUUGAGUACAUGGAUGAAGAACAGCAUUCUACUUCAGUAUACAGAGAGAAGUUAAUAAAGUACUUUAGCCAGCAGUUAAGCCAAGACCGGGUGACUUGGAGGGGUGCAGAUGAACUCCCCUGGCUGUUCCAGCAACAGGAAGAGAAACAGAAACUGCACAGGAGUCUGCUUAACCUGUUUGUUUCACAGAAUCUUUAUAAAAGGGGUCAUUUUUCAGAACUACUGAGUUACUGGCAGUUUGUCGGGAAAGAUAAAAGUUCCAUGGCAGCUGAGUAUUUUGACUCUCUAAAGCACUAUGAAAAGAACUGUGAGGGAGAAGACAGCAUGACACGCUUGGCUGAUUUGUAUGAAACUCUAGGACGAUUCCUGAAGGACCUAGGUCUCCUCAGUCAGGCUGUGGCCCCCCUGCAGCGUUCACUGGAGAUUCGAGAGGCCGCACUAGAUCCAGACCACCCCAGUGUGGCUCAUUCUUUGCACCAGCUGGCUGGGGUUUAUGUGCAGUGGAAAAAGUUUGGAAAUGCAGAGCAGCUGUACAAGCAAGCUCUGGAAAUCAGUGAUAAUGCAUUUGGGUCAGAUCACACCAGAGUGGCUCGUGAACUGGAUUCACUCGCAAUGCUUUACCAGAAACAGAACAAGUAUGAACAAGCUGACAAAUUGAGAAAAAGGUCCUUAAAGAUAAGACAGAAGUCGGCACGUCAGAAGGGAAACAUGUAUGGUUUCACUCUCCUGCGGCGCCGUGCCCUGCAACUGGAGGAGCUCACAUUGGGCAAUGACACUGCUGACAAUGCCAAAACACUCAAUGAGCUUGGAGUUCUCUACUACUUGCAGAACAACCUUGAAACUGCCAAAAUGUUUCUGACCCGGUCCCUGGAGAUGAGGCAGCGAGUGCUUGGGCCGGAUCACCCGGACUGCGCCCAGUCUCUGAAUAACCUGGCUGCUAUUUACAAUGAGAAGAAAGACAAUGAGAAGGCAGAGGAGCUGUACGAGAGUGCCCUGGACAUCAGGAGGAGAGCGCUCUCGUCUGAUCACCCCUCCCUGGCGUACACCAUCAAACACCUUGCAGUGCUGUACAAGAGGAGGGGGAAACUGGACAAGGCUGUUCCACUGUAUGAACUGGCAGUUGAAAUUCGGCAGAAGUCUUUUGGGCCUCAACACCCAAGUGUGGCCACAGCUUUAGUAAACCUGGCUGUACUAUACUGUCAGGUGAAAAAACAUAAAGAAGCUCUGCCCCUGUAUGAGCGAGCUCUGAAGGUCUAUGAGGACAGCCUGGGUCGCAGUCAUCCCAGAGUGGGAGAGACGCUCAAGAAUCUAGCUGUGUUGAGUUACGAAGAGGGCGAUUUUGAAAAAGCUGCUGAACUGUACAAAAGAGCCAUGGAAAUUAAAGAAGCAGAGCCGUCGCUGGUUUGUGGAAAAGCUCCUUCCAGACACUCAAGUGGAGACACCAUCAGCCUAAGAAAUGCUCCCCACCCCAAUCUGCUUCCACCUACAAUAAAAUCAGGGCAGUCCAAUCCUACUUUUCUCAUAAAUAAAGCAGACAAAAGAUAUGUUCUGCGGAAGAAGCCUCCGGGCCCCCUCUUGCCAGGUGCCCACAAGGUGGACAGAGAGUACCAUGUGCAGAAGGCUUUGUUUUCAGCAGGAUUCCCUGUUCCUCAGCCCUUACUGUACUGUGAUGAAGUUUCAGUCAUUGGAACUGAGUUUUAUGUGAUGGAGCAUGUGCAGGGACGCAUAUUUCGAGAUUUGAGGCUUCCAGGAGUUAGUCCCGCUGAACGUUCUGCCUUGUAUGUUGCAGCAGUUGAAACACUGGCAAAGUUGCAUGCAUUGGACUUGAAUGCUUUGGGUCUAAAAAAUUAUGGUAAAGGUGCUGGUUACUGUAAAAGACAGGUGUUAACUUGGACAAAACAGUACAAGGCUGCAGCUAAUACUGAUAUACCAACCAUGAACACAUUAUCCAAUUGGCUGAUUAACAACCUGCCUUCCAGUGACGAUGAAGUAACUUUGGUCCAUGGAGAUUUCCGCUUGGAUAAUUUAAUAUUCCAUCCCAGUGAGGCUCGAGUAUUAGGAGUGCUUGACUGGGAACUUUCCACCACUGGACAUCCAAUUGUGGAUUUAGCCUACUUCCUAAUGCCUUACUCCUGGCCCCAAGAUCUCAACUUUAUUGACACAAUGGGGGCGAUAAGGGGGAUAGAAGGAAUUCCAGCACCUGAAGAACUGAUUUCCAUCUACUGCCAGUGCCGACAUAUUCCACACUUAUUGUCUCAGUGGAACUUCUUUGAAGCCCUUGCCUUUUUUAAGAUGGCUGGAAUAGCUCAGGGAAUCUAUGCACGUCAUCUUCUUGGAAAUGCUAGUGCUGAAGAUGCCUAUAAGUUUGGUGACAGUGUGAAGCCUUUGGCAGAAGUGGGACUCCAGAUUGCAGAGAGGGGUUCUUAUUCUCCAGCCAAGCAACUCAUUGAAGCUAAAGGUCUCUUCCAACAAUCAGCAAAGGGGAGGCUGAUUCUUAGCCAGGUGAAAGAGUUCAUGAAAGAACACGUGUUUCCAGCUGAACAGGAGGUUUCUGAAUAUUACAUAAAAAAUACAAAUUUACCACUGAGAUGGAAAAGUCCUGAAGUGAUUGAGAAAUUGAGGGAGAAAGCUAAAGCCUCCGGACUCUGGAACCUGUUCUUGCCUGCAGUCAGUGGCCUGAGCCAGUUAGAUUAUGCUUUCAUUGCUGAGGAGACCGGGAAAUGCUUCUUUGCUCCAGAUGUGUUCAACUGUCAGGCUCCAGAUACAGGGAAUAUGGAAGUGCUUCACUUAUACGGCACAGAGGAGCAGAAGAGACAGUGGCUAGAGCCUCUUCUUAAAGGAGACAUUCGCUCUUGCUUCUGCAUGACUGAGCCUGAUGUAGCUUCCAGUGAUGCGACCAAUAUGGAAUGUAACCUUCAACAAAAUGGAGACAGCUAUGUGAUCAAUGGAAAGAAGUGGUGGAGUAGUGGUGCUGGAAAUCCAAACUGUAAAAUAGCUGUUGUGAUGGGCAAGAGUAGAACUAGUUCUGUGGAAAGGCACAAACAGCACAGCAUGAUCCUUGUUCCAUUAGAUACCCCGGGAGUAAAGCUGAUCAGACCCUUAUCAGUGUUUGGCUAUGAUGAUGCUUUUCAUGGUGGUCACUUUGAGAUACAUUUUGAAGAUGUGCAUGUGCCUUUAUCUAGCAUUAUUUUAGGUGAAGGAAGAGGAUUUGAAAUAGCACAAGGUCGACUUGGACCAGGCCGGCUUCACCACUGUAUGAGAACAAUAGGGCUGGCUGAGCGAGCUCUGGAACUAUUGUGCCAACGUGCAGCCUGCAGAGAGACCUUCGGGAAGAAACUCUACCAGCAUGAAGUGGUUGCACAUUGGAUUGCAGAAUGUCGCAUUAUCAUUGAACAAACCCGUCUGCUAACCCUUAAUGCUGCCAACUCCAUAGAUAGUUUGGGAAGUGCUGCUGCAAGGAAAGAGAUUGCAAUGAUCAAGGUGGCCGCUGCUAGAAUGGCUUGUAAGGUGGUCGACUACGCAAUUCAAGUUCAUGGAGGAGGAGGAGUGUCACAAGAUUUCCCUCUUGCACAGAUGUAUGCAGUUGUGCGCACUUUGCGUUUUGCAGAUGGUCCUGAUGAGGUGCACCUCUCUGCAAUUGCAAAGAUGGAAAUAACAGACCAACUUGAGAAAUUUAGGGCCAAAAUGUAAAACUCUUAUUCUCAACGUUUACCUUGAAUUUUUGCUUCGCUAGUAGCUAAUUCCUUCCCCUUUUCUUGACUUACAAUAUACACUAAGCACACACGAUUCCCUUAAAAUGACUUUAAAACUUUCAAAUAGCCUAUAGGAUUUUUGUUUACUUUUUACAUCUUAGGUGUUUAAAACUAGACAUUCUUCCAAAAUGUAAAUUGAUCAAAAAUGGUGCAUACUCACAUUUAUAAUAUGUUUUUCUAUCUAUUUUGACACGAAUUUCCAUUCUUUUAUAUAGAAAACAUGUUGGCUACUUAAAUCAAUUGUUACCUGUUGUUAUAUAUGAUUAUUUAGUAACACAUUAUAAAGCUGUUGUAUACAAAUUCACCAAAUGGCUGUCACUAAAUUGUAGCAUCAAGCAACCAUGGCUCUCUCUAGUGGACUAUGCACAAGGAAAUUGUCUUGAUGGUGUUUAAGUUUCUCUCCAUUUUUACCUGUUCUUUCUAACUGUCUGAUAUAGUCAUUGGGUUAACUGGUGAUUUACAUAUAAAAUACGAGAAGUCAUGACCCAUUGAAGUUGAUAGUGUAUUUUCUGAUGUAUGGGAAGUGUGUUUUCAGGGACAGUUGUGUAAGUUGUCCUUACCGGAGCGUUAUAUUUUUAAACAUAUUGACGAUUCUUUUGAAAUUUUUAAUCGCACAUGGGUCAUAAAUCAAAUGGGCAAUUUUUUUUUUUUAAACAUUUGUGGGAGCAUUUGCCAGGAAAAUAAAGUUGAAAGAUUGUAGUGUAUCCAGGUCAUACUCUCUCCUGCAACAAUGCUGGUUUUCUGUUUCCACAGUGCAUCACUCAUUUCAGUCAGAGCACCAGCAUUGUUGCAGGAGGGAGCAUGAACUUGAUACACUGCAAUGUUUAGACAUUCUCUCU